AUGACAGCCCACGUCCCUCCUCCUGAUCCACAGCUCGAUGAUAUCGUAUCACAUUCCGAAGAACUGUCUCUUUUAUGUCCAAAAACUUCGGCCGCUGCACAGCCUUCUGAUAAUUCCAUGUUACUUGAUCGUGCUUCCGGUGGUGCAAUGGCUACACCAACAUCAACCUCCGGAAAGGCUGACGAGGCUGGGAUCGAUGCGAGGACCAAAAUUUCUAGUUUAUUAAAGGAUAAGGAACGAGAAUGGACCGCUGUCGUGGAAAAAAGGACCGGUCCUUUGCGAUUGUUGGAUUUACCUAUGGAUGUUCUGAAAGAAAUUGUGAAGGAGGUUACGCAUACGAAUGACUUGACAUCACUUGCCCUCACCCAUUCUGCCUUGCACAACCUAGCAAUACCUUAUAUUUAUUCGCGGUUUGAUAUCGUUUGGCCUGAUGCACACGCUACGUCUGAUCCGAGGACCGGAGUCGAUGCACUUACUUAUGGACUUUCUACUCUCUGCAUGGGCAACGCAUUCCCCAACUCGAAUCUAUCCCAAUCUUUCGUCUGCAAGCAUUGCGGGACAGAUAAUUCCACAACCUGCAGCCAUGAGGUCAAACCAGAGCCCUUCAGUGCCCCCAGACGUAUGGGGAAUGAAUAUCCACAGUUUACUAGAAAGUUCUCCCUUGGAAACGGACCAACCGACUGGGUGCAGGAAUAUCUUAUAACAAAAGAGAGUGGAAAGAUGUUGGGUACUCUUGUUGCGCUGGCCGUGGCCAGAAUGAUAAAUCUGGAAACUUUUGUCUGGGAUAUGCCCACCGGGGUGUUGAGGGACGUUUGGCUUGCCCUUUCCUCCUUACAAUAUAAAAAUCCAAAACAAGAAUGCCGGUUAGAACGUGUUUGGGUUAGGUGGCAUGAUAAUACGGAAGCCAUUCACAUGUCCUCAGCACAGAGCCCAAGCUCGCCCGCCAUUACCACGAACCAAAUGUUAGCUGGAACGACGAUGAGCUCCAUAGGAUGGAUCGUGCCCCCCGGUUCUUCAACAAGCUCUACACCUUCUACACAGACCAUGGCGUAUGCACAAGGUCGUGUAGAAUAUCCUACACUCAGCGUACUUCCACCAUUACAAAGUUUGUCUGUGUUAGACAUUGAUGAAAUAGAUUAUCUAGACGAAAUGAGUGUCUUGGUAGAGCGAUCGAAGGACAAACUUCGGGAACUUCGUGUUGGUAUUUCCGCGAAAGCCAUUCAACGCGAUUUUGCUCUUCCAUGGGACGGGCCUGAGCUCCAACAGGUUGAUCACAAAGCGAAGUGGCCUGGUGCCAGUAAGAUUGGCGAGCGAAGAUUGGGCGGAGUCUUAGGAAUCAUCCUGGGCCGUGUAUUCGAUGUUCGGAACAAACGGAGGGCAAAAAAUGAGAGAACGAAGGGUCCUAAAUUGGGUUCUUUCAUGGGAAAUAGUCAGCCGUCGGCCCAGCAAAAUGGCAGCAAUGCUACAGAAAUAGUACUUCCCGAAAUCGCAGGAACUGAUCCUAUGGAGCCCGGCUGGAUUGAUAAAGAAAGUCCGGCAGCGUCAGGUUCACUUAACCCGCCUGGUGUAGCAUUCAAUAUCGAAGCAGACUCUCUUCCAGAUAAUGUUGAUCCUAGCCAGGAACAAUCAGCAUCGAGUACCCUCUUGGCGCCUCACUCUGACAUGGACUCACUUACCGCGCUAAUAUCUGAACAUCAACUUAGCUCGAAUGAUGAUACUACAGUCCACGAUAUCUUACAACCACCCGUGCUUUCCGAUAUUCCUGCAGAACCUCCUUUGCGACGUGCCCAAUCAUCGAAUAAGAAGCAAUCACAUUUUUCCGAAAUCUCUCCCAGUGGCAGAGACAGACUCGAGGGAAAACUACGCCUACAAACAUUGGAACUGGAACGGGUUCCUUUAUCUGUGUAUGUGCUGCAUAGAGCCUUUGACUGGACCGUUUUAACAAACUUGACUAUUCUCGACUGUCCACAACACGAUAAACUUUGGUCCACACUUAGAAAACAUUUUGCACCUUCACCUUUAGGCAAUCAUACUUCAGCGAAACAUAGCACUCAAAUGUUAUAUCAUCUGAAUCUUAAAAAAGUACAUACUGAUGCUGCAUCCCCUUCCCUCAUUUUAUUUCUGAAAGAAACAUUAGCACCAAAUACUUUAGAAACACUGUUUUUACAGGAUCGAAGACGUGCAUCAAACUCGUCGGUUACAAUUGAAUCUAUCUAUAAAGGGCCACUUAAGAGACAUCGUGCUAGUCUUAAAAAACUAUUAUUGGAUAGCUCCGAAAGGCCACCGAGAAAUGUGAAUAAUUCAGUAGAGUCUUCCUCGAAAUGGAAAGCCUGGAUGCCCAAUCGUGAUGUCCUGAAUUUCAUCACAAGUGGGCGUAUGACCAAUCUCCGCGAAUUAAGUAUUGCAAUCGACUACAGAGACUGGCAUCACUUUCUUCAACGCCUUCCUCAAAUACCUCAGCUCCGCUCUCUCAGCAUUCCUUUCAUCGCCGAUCAUAUCACACCCUUAUUCGACCCUAAAGAACUCGCUCAUCAAAUUCUUGACGUCAUUUUCCUCCGCCCCGAAGUAGAACUCUGUUACGUGGGUAUCUCGCAUAAAUGUUUUGAAAUCCUCGAAAACCGCCAUCAUGAAGAACCCUUGCCUUUAUCGCAUGAUUCUCACACAUCAGCGGCGAACGGCGGUCCCAUAACCGACGAUGAGGAGGACGACGAGGAUGAGAGUGAAGAUGAUGAUGAGAUGGAUGAAGAGGAAGAUGAUAAUGUGACGGCUAUUGCUCCUAUUGAUCCAGACGAAACAGAGGACGAGCUGUCGGAUGGUGAUGGAGAUGAUGAUGGUGAGAGUGAUGAAGAUAGUUGGGACGGGGCGAGUGAUUGUGAUGGGAAGGGAAGAGUGAGGUUAAGGUUGAGGGAAAUUUUAUUUUACGAUGAUAAGGUUGCUAUAUUUAAAGCGAGGCACGGUAGACUUUGA